UUCAGAUGCUUUCUUGCUGAAGAGAGACCAUGCGUUUGCUAUCGAAACGCGCAAAAAUGGCAGUCUCGUCUUAAAAACACUCACGGGCGCGAUGUCCCCACCGACGUACGGCAACAGCGAAAAUUCAGAAAUUGCGAACCUGGGCAACUGCAAACCUUCAAAUGAUAGGCUCGGUUUGCUGGUCAAGAAGGUUUCCGACCGAUGUGGACAGCCGACAGCGGUACCGACGGCCGAACCGACAACCAAACCGACAGCCAACACAAAAGAGCCACGCAAGCGGUCAUCCGCUAAACUUCUCCUGGUGCAAGACUUCCUGAUCCCAUGCCUGGAGGACGAACGCUACGGGCGGGACCUGGUGUGGAUGAAGCGCCAGAAGGGCAUCUUUUGCAUCAACUGGAUGCACCAGGGCAGCAGGGCUUGGUCCAAGGACCAAGGAGCAGUCUUCAAGGACUGGGUGCACAUCAAGUCUGGCUGGCAGAAGGACGACCCUUUGGGGAUGGUCAAGGCCAAGCAGCGGAUACGGGCGGCCUUCUCGAAGAGCCCGCACCUCAAGUGCAUCUACAAGUGCAAUCGGUACCGCAUCUACCAGAUCAGACACAUCAAGGGACUCCUCAUCGGUCAAGCAGCAUGGUCAGACACCAGCUGUCGUGAAUGGCAUGACGUCAUCAGCGUGACGUCGAGCCCACCGAGACCCCGCCCAUGGCAAGAACAUGAAAACCCACCAUGCAGAAAGAAAAUAGCUGAACCAACGUGUCAUAAGCAGUGCAAGGCCCAAUCAGAGCUGCUCAAGUCCACGAGGCAGACGGAAAGGUCUUUGAAGAAGAAGAAGAAGAAGCGCCACAGCCCGGGGCGUCUGUACCGGACGACCUUCUGUCUUCCCAUCGUGAACCCGCUUGGGCCUCCCACCCCUCACGAGAUCUUCCUUUCGACGGGCGAUGCAUCGUGGUUCUUGCACGAGGAGCUGUGUGAUUACCGGGUGCUUGUCAAGUGUGUAUACCGAGGUGGAGUCGACCAGGAGUUUUUCGAUCAGCUGGAACAGGCACAUUCGUCGCGAGCCGACGGACGCGGCUCGUCUCGCCCUGGCACCUGAACCGAGGAUUCAUUCCGUUGAAGUCAAGCGGCGGUACGACUGCGGCACACGGUCGUUUCGGAGUAGUCCUUGAAUAGGAAGGCGUGCGGAACUGUUUCGUGCCGACCGACAAUGUUUCUGCGGGUGUCGCACGUGGCUGGAGGACUUUCUUGUCAAGGAAUUUCUAAUCGAGUCGAGCGAAUUCAAAUUGUUGUCACACAAAAGACGGGAGAGAGAAAAAAAAAUGGGUGUUGCGUCAUCCUCAACAGAGGGGAGGAAUUGCUCGGCAAUGGGGCCAUAGAAAUAUUGUGCUCUUUUAAGAGCGCCGCAAUUUCGUUAAACGGUGCCAUGCCAUUCUUUUGUUGGGCAUUAUCCGCCAAAGUUUGUCAGCUCCAGGAUCGACGAAACACUGCAUUUAUAUCGUUCAGUCUUGGGUGCAUUAAUGUCUACCGCAUAAUCAAAAUUUGUUUCAUUUCCUCUUUUUUUUUUUGCGAUCAAUUCUGCACAAAUUUUGUUUUAGACAAUUUUCUCAUGUUCACUUGUGCCAUCAUGUCAACUUUUCUCAGGAAAAAAAAAUGCUGUUUUUUUUUUGUUUUUUUUUUUUUUUUUUUUUUGCAUUACAGAAUUGUUUGUACAUGUGACGACAGGUCUAGUUCUACCUUCGGAAGGUACGAUUUCCGGACUCGGUUUUCUUCUCGUUUUGAGCCAGAGUCGCCAAGUCACUAUGGGUUUCCGAAAUCACCGCUGUAGCAUGGCAGUCUGUUUUCCGGGUCGCUAUACUUUGUUCACCUCUAGGCUGACAGUGCAGCAGUAGCUAUGUGCUUGUUAAACCAGUCGUGCGUAUACCUUUCAGCGCAUGAUAAUGUUUCCGCCCGUACCCCCGUAAGGAGAGUGUGGUCAGGUGAUCAAGGGAAGGUGGCUGAUUGGUUUGGUGAACAUAUAGCUCCCACUGCACUGUUAGCUUAGGACUGAAAGGAGUAUAGGUAGAUGUUGAAAGUGAUUUAGCAACGUGAUGCAUUUAUAUUAUGGUUAAGGUGUGACGGCCAUGUCCUCUUAAUCACAGCGAGUUUAGGACGGGUGUUUCCUAAUGAAGUCAUAAGAUUGUUUUAAUGAAUGUAAAAGUGAUUGAGCUAUUGCUAUUAUCUUUUGUCAAUGUGAUUGCUGUUAACAGCUGUCUCGUCGAGUUGGCUCGUAGGCAGGAGCUUUGUAUAAGUUUGCAGACGAAAGGUGUCUUAGGUUUUUUUUUGUAAUUACUGGAAAAAAAAAAUUACUAAAAAAAGCUGGUAGGGUUUGUCUGUUUUUUGUUUUUUUUUCUGGUUUCGAUUUGCUUUGUUUGUGUGCUAUGAAUGCAGUUUCAACUGGUCUUAGUAUAUCGGAUUUGCACAAAUAUAAUAUGAUUUUUACAAUUUUUUUUUUUAAUUAUGUGUUUCAGAACACACAUCUUGCGUUAUAUUUGGAAUCGAGCUCAGCCGCAAGGCGCGCGAGUCUGGAGAAGGCCAUCCCUCCGACUGAAAAUGGGAGAUUGGGUGUGUAAAUAAAUGGGGUAUGGAGAAGAAAGUUGUUAGUUCUUGCACCACAAAAAGGGAGGAAUAGAAAAUGUUGAAAGCAUUUUCUGUCGUUUUUAUGUUUGUGCAACACAUGCUGCCCGCUAUGAAAGACAGUUAAGAACAUGACAUACUUGUAAAAGUGCAGUUCGCUUUCACAAGUAUGUCAUGUUCUUAACUGUCUUUCAUAUCAUCUCGUAGGUCUUUAUGUGUUAAGUGUAAUUUGGCAGCACAGUAUACAUCCAAAUGACAAACCAACUAGCUCAAAUCCAAGCAUUGUUAGCAUUAUGAGUAAUCUUUUUUUUUUUUUUCUUUUAGGGGCUUCAAAUAGUGUCCUCGCGUUAUAUUCGUAGUCACAUUAUAUUCAUGCAAAUACGAUAAGCUGAAAGUCUCAAUUUAAUGGCUGCAUUUUUGCUUACACUGUUUGAAAUGAAAUUUCCAGAAGUGUGGCAUCAGAAACAUGAAAGGGAGGAAAUAUUUUAUGAAAGAGUUUUUUUUACUCAUGAUUGUCAUAAUGUGUGAAAGCUGUUUUGCAUCGUCGAUAACAAGAAACGUUCAUGCGACGUAGGAGCGUAAACACAUUUUCCAGACGCUAAUUAGCUCCUGGCAAAUACUUUCUAAAUGCCUUGUCUGUUUUCCCUUUUUUUCCAUCUUCAUGGGCAUUUUUGAUUACAUAUAGUGUAGUUCUAUGUGUUGAUGCAGAGGAUUCUGUUAUUGUGUCUGGGAAUUCUAUCUACUGAAAAAGAUUCCAAACAUUCUGCAAUAAACAAGUUUCUUUAUGUUCA